GAAACGGAAGGGAAAAAAAAAAACUACUCCCAAUGGCUGGCCCAACCGCCCAAUGCAGCACUAUUCCCCCACCGCCGCCGCCGCCCGUCCGGCGCUCAGAUGCAAAUCCCGUGCUCUGUUACACGUCCCCUUCGACGCCCUGACGUCGCCGCCCCAAUAAUGCAGCGCCUCCUCUCUCCCUCGCGACCUCUCCUCUCCUCCAUGGCAUCUCGCUGGUUGCCACCAGCGCUCGCGCGACGAGUCGAUCCACCUCUCCGUCGUGUUUCCUCGGAGGCGACAUGGGGCCAAGACGUGAACCUGCAUGGCUGCGAUGAAGAUCCAGGGAGCGCAACCAAGGGUCGCACGACUGAAAUCGUGAUCAAGGAGGACGAAGAAGAAGCCAGCGACUACGAGUUCAACCUCGGCCACGUACUUGAAAAGAGCGGGCACCGUGAUGGCUCUAUGUACAGGGCUAUCUACCGGUGUGGCUGGAAAAGCGAUUAUUCUAUCGGAGAUCGUAGCGAGAGGUUCCCUCAUUAGCAUGGGUGGUGGCCCUAAGCGAGGAAUAGAUGUAAUGGACGAGGCUAUAAUCGAGUAUGACAUGAGGAUUAAGCGAGGCAGACAAGAAAGACAUGACCUACAACUGAUCGAUGGUGCAACAAUCUUAGGCCCCCACGGGACAUGGGAUAGGCCGUUCACAUAUGACAUCUCUAACGACUGUGGUGGUACAGUUAACAUAACUUUAGCACGUCUUUCUUGGGCGGUCGAGGCGACUAUAGAGGUUCUCAUCUCGGAAGUGCAGGGCGGUUUCAAUAUGUCAGUUAGAUGUUUUACCAGUGGGUUUGAUUCUGAGAUAAGGCUCUUCAAUGGCGCCAUUACCAACUCAUGUGGAUUGAAGCGGUCAGUGGUUGCCGUAAUGAAGCGGUCUUACAUACGUUUGAAAUUCAAGGUAGUUGCACCGUCUUGUCGUUCUAAGUCCCAAUAUCGUUGUACCUUUAAGGCGAAGACUCAUGGGCAUAAUGCUCAAGAGAUAAAGACUGAUUUUGCACUGAUCUCGGUGAAGGUGACUUGGUCGACAUUGCCUGGCAGCUUUCCUGCCUAAAGAUUUGCCCGGCCGAUACUUAUGUGUAGUCGUGGAGUUGUAACAAAGCUUGGAGGUGUAAUCAAACUAUUGUAGUACCAGGGUUUAGGUUGAAAGCCUUUGCAUUAGAUUCUUCUAUCCAUUAUAUUAGCACUAGGGUUUAGGUUGAAAGUAUGGAGGAAUUUCCUAGUUGCACAUGCACAGGAGUGGCUUGGUGGAU